CGCGGCUCCGGCGCAGGACUCAGUUUGCAGCCGAACUUUCGAGCUCGCUGUUCGCGCAUGUUUCACCGUUUCGUGGCGGUCUGUUCGCUGAACGACUAUGAAUUACGAUAAUUGUGACAAUAGAACUGUGCUCAUCAAACGCGAGCAAGACCUUGAAUAUCCCGAGGACGAAGACCAUUCGUACUAUGGAUAUGCACCGGUUGAAGUAAAUCGACAAGCUGCUACCGGGUUUGUGCCUUCAUCGCCUGCUCAUCUCAUGGAUCUUAGUAACGGUCCUGACCGCGCUCAGCAGCCUCCCUGGGCUACGAACGCAAUGUUUGGCAACGAAGAUCGCGAUUAUCAACAAAUCCCAUUUCCUGCUUACGAUCCUCAGUUUCAACAAAGACAAGUACCGCGACACGUUUAUUAUGAGGAUUCGAAUUCACAAGACGGAAUUUCAAACUACUAUGAAGCUGGUGAUAUGCCGAAGCUAGUUGAAAUGUACAGGGCCGAUGAGCGACGAGAUGAAACAGAGGAACAACGAAGAAGAAAGAAGCCUUCGAAAUCAGCGCGCAAGAAAACACAGUCUUAUGAAGAAAUGCAGAUACAGCGAGUAAUGGCAAAUGUUCGGGAACGUCAGAGAACCCAAAGUUUGAAUGAGGCUUUCGCGAGCUUAAGGCAAAUAAUUCCUUCCCUUCCGAGCGACAAAUUAUCCAAGAUACAGACCCUGCAAUUGGCAACGCAAUACAUUGAGUUUUUGUAUCAAAUACUGUCGAACAGCGAAUCGACAGGGGCCAGUGACAGCAGCAGCGACACCAGCAGCGAUCACGGAAAGUAUUUGGCUCAAGACAAACUGAGCUACGCUUUCUCUGUAUGGAGGAUGGAAGGAGAGUGGACGACCAACGGACAAUCGUGAUAAAAAUUGUGUGAGUGUUUAAUCAUAAGACUACAUGAAGUGAAUCAUGUUAUUCCAUUGAAGGUUGUUAGACAAACAAAAAACAUCUUUAGAAAUUACUUAUAUGUAAAAUUGUGAUAGUUAAGUUUAAGGACACGUAACUAAAAUCUUGACGAAAGACAUUUCGAUUUAGACGUAAGUGUAAAAAGUAGAUAUAAAAGGAAAGUACAGUUAAGAAAGACACUUUAGAAUUUGCUAAUAUACCUACUUAUUUUCUUUGUAUUCGAGGACUAAUUCCCUCAGGAGAAUUGAUAUUGCAAUUAAUUCUUGGGGGUCUUCAAAUUAAAUGAUUAUUUUUAUGGAGAUCGCGUCAUCGUCUCAAAUUCAAAUUCAAAAUCCCAAUUCUCUCGAGAUACCGCGUCAAACGCAGUAGUAAAUUUUAAGAAUUUAAGUAGACGGGCCGGGUCGUUUCCUAAAAGUUGACGUAUCAAAGCUGCGCCUGCUCUGCAGCAGAGUGGUUGGUAAAUUACCUCUCAAUCAUAUCAAGGAUUGAACAAGUCAUCUCGUCGAAUACAAAGACUUAUUUUAAGUUUGUGAUUUUUAUAAAUGACUAAAUACAGCUGUAUACCAAAAACAUGGAAAUGUAAAUAUAUUAAUAAUGUGAUUAAAAAUUAAACAAAU